CUGUCGGUUGCUAACGGAAACCCCACGUUAGUGCUAACAUUGGAUAGCUAAGAACCGUUACGCUAGCUAGCUCUCACUGCUAGCUGAUUAAUAACCUUUCGAAUGCAACGACACCACCGGCAGAACGGAAUCAAUAUUAGCGGCACCACAGCAGUGGCCAUGGACCUCCACAAGAUCAUCCACAGCGCGCUGCAGGACUUCAUCCAGGCUUACAUUCCGGAUGCCGAUCUCAGCACCCUGGAUGAUGUUCUCCUGUCUUACAUCACCGGAGUCCUGGAGGACCUCGGCUCUCAGCACAGUGUGGAGGAGAACUUUGACGUUGAGGUCUUUGCGGAGAUGUUGGAGGCUUACAUACCUGGCUUUGCCGAAAUUGACAGCGUCAAGGUCUGUGAAAUGAUGUUCAAUCUGGCAUCCAAACUAGCCAGCGCCCGGACCUCAGAAAAUGUUGAGCCCAAGGCAAGGACGGAAGAGAAUUCCCUGAAACUCACCCCCCAGCCCUGCGACCCGCCACCAGGGAAAACGCAGUGCCAUAAAACACAAUCAGAGGGCGCCACUGCCAAGCUACCGGUGUCCGAGUGGGAGUCCCAGGAGCAGCACCUGCUGGAGAUGUUUCCCAAGUGCGGUCUGUCUGAGGCUCGCAGCGCCCUGUCUAUCGCCAAAGGAGACAUGGGGGAGGCCGUGCGCCUUAUCAUAGAGGGGGACAUCCAACUCAGCCCCUCUCCCCAUAACGUGAACCAGGAGAAGAGCAUUUCCUCGCGAGCAGACAAGAACCUUAAAGAGAGCAUCCUUGAGAAGUACAUGCUGGUAGACAGAGAGGAGGAUAAGAAAACCCACCGGCCUGUCGCCCCCAAAGAUCCUCCAAAGAAGCUGGUUCGGUACCACGGUAACCAGGUGGUAACCACAAAAGGGGAGCGAUAUCAGCUGGUGAAGAAAGACGAAGCCGAGGACCUGAAGAAGACGUACGUCAACCUCAAACCUGCACGAAAGUAUAGAUUCCAUUGAUGACGAGCACUAAAGUGUGAGAGCAGAAACUGAAAAUAUUGUUUACACUUAUUAUUUUAUUUAUUAAGGCUUAAAUGUUAGGUUUUCUUCCUACUAAAGGAACAUAUUUAUAAGUGUCAGUGGCUUAUUUCUUAAAUAUUAUAACCAUCUCAUGCCUUGGUUAAAUCAUUGAAUUAGUUUUGGUUACUUGUGAAGCUUUCAACAUGUAGUGAUAUUUUUGUGAGGUGGUUGAAACACCUUUUUGCCAUCUCAGCACGUCCGUUGUUAAGCGGGGUCGGGUUUCCAAUAGACAAUAUCAUAUUGUCAUAAUUUCAUCAUAAUCAUGACAUGAUGACGUAGAGGUGAAUCUAUGGUCUUUCCGUAAAUCUUGUGGUGCAGUAGAUUCCUCUACUGCUUUUUAUGUCCGUAUCGAGUUAUUCUUCCAUCUGACAGGCAUACCGAGCAUUUUAAGUGGUUUAAAUGGUUGUCCAAGCAUUGUGAUCUGGACAAUUUGUUGUGCUAUUAAAGGUUUUUUAAAUGAAAACUAAUUUCUAAAAUCUAAAACAUUUUUAAUGAGCAUUUGUACAGCACGCAGCUACAGCAGUCCUCGCCUAAAGGUUUGAUGCGCAGUGUCUCUUUGUUGGAUACGUUGUGCUAAGCGGUGUAGUUUAUAGUACCCAAAUGUGCUGUGAUUGGUUUUUAUCCUCUAGAAUCACACCAUUUAGUGCCAAUAAAGGAAAUGUGUGUGAUGCAAAGUUUUGUAUUUUUCUUGAAUUUCUAAAAUGAAAAACUACUUUAUGAAUCAUGACUUGACGUGGCACAAAAUUGUCCAGAAUUGAGUUGAUGGCAAAACAUCAAUAAAUGAAUUGGUAGUACAUUUUGUUCAGCCCAUCAAAUUACAUUUUCAAGAGUACAUACGAUCACAGCACUCCAUCUCUUGUCGUGAUAAAUUGGAUUACUGGUUGACCCAUAAAUGUUGAUCAAAAAUGCUGCGGUUGGACCUGAUUUUCAAGUUCAUUCCCACAGCGUUCUUUAUUUUUGAUAUAGAUGUUUAGAUUUACAAAGUCUCUUGUGUAUUUGUGAGGAGGUGCUUUCAGGGCCUCUUUAUACAAAUGUGUUACCAAAGUGGUCCGAUGUCAUGGUCUCGUUCAUCUCACUCCUGUUUUGAAUUUUGCUUUGCUUGUAAUUGCUGUGGAAUUUUUUAUUACUAUUGGGUUAUUUGUUGUAUAUUAUGAUGAAUGUGUUUUUCCAACAAAUAUACUGUUGUCACACGCGUU